CAAAGUACAUUUGUUAAUUUGUCAAAAUACAAAAUACAUUUGUCGAUUUGUCAAAGUACAUUUGUUAAUUUGUCAAAAUGCAAAAUACAUUUGUCGAUUUGUGAAAAUGCAUUUGUUGAUUUGUCAUACAACAAAAAUACAUUUUUUCAUGUGUGAAAAUACCUGUCUAACCUACAAAGCACAAAUUUUGAAAUAACACAGCUUAACUUUACAGUUUCAAGAUAUGUAAUUUCAACAUUUGUAUUUUCAAGAUAUGUAAUUUCAACAUUUGUAGUUUCAACAUUUGCAGUUUCAACAGUUGUAUUAACGACACUUGCAUUAUCGAGCCUUGCAUUAACAAGCCAUGCGUUAGCGAACUAUGACCAUAUUUGGGUUGAUGACGUUGAUCAUUAAUCCGGAAAACGCCGAGUUUGGUCCUGCAAUGAUGUCUCCCGUCUCAAUAAAAAUAUCUCUUCUUGGGUGGAGUUUUUCAAGGGGAACUACUCUCAUUAUUUCCGUUCUUCAACAUGGCCAAUGAACUUAUUCAUGAAGUGAAGUCCCGAAUAGAGGGAAUUUGCAAUUUGUUAGAUACACAAAAUUUUCAAUCGCUUUCAGACAUCAUACAUGAUAUACAUACAGUAGCAGGUAUUGUCUCAGAUUUAAUGUGUUCCAUGCCUUCCACGGAAGAAGACAGUAUAACGAUGAAUGGAUUACAAACUUGUUUAUUUCAUGUUCAAAAUGCUGCAAAUUUAAUCGAACGAAAGCAGGCCAAUGAAGUUAUAACUGGAUCUCUCGGACAUUCAUUGUCACCAGGACAUACUGGACGACCAUCAAAGUUAGUUCCAUUUGAACAGCUAGAAUUUUUGGUUUCUAAUGGAUUCAAAUUGAAUGACAUGGCCAAUUUAUUUAAUAUUAGUCCCAGAACCAUGAGUCGAAGAUUGCUUGAAUAUGGUAUUUCAUUAAAUGAAAAAUAUAGUCAUAUUUCCAAUGAUGAGCUAGAUGAAAUAGUAAUUGACCUUCUUAGUAACUUUCCAAAUAUUGGGUAUCGAAGUAUAAAAGGACACCUGCACAGUAAAGGACAUAUAAUUCAAGAAUACAGGGUUCGUGAAUCGAUGAGAAGGGUUGAUAUAGAAGGUGUUCUCUAUCGUCGACUUACUUUAAAUCCAGUAAGACGAAGAAGAUAUUCUGUUCGUGCGCCAAACUCAUUGUGGCAUAUAGACGGCUAUCAUAAAUUGAUAAGCUGGCACUUAGUUGUUCAUGGAGGUAUAGACGGUUAUUCUCGCCUCCCUACAUAUUUAAAGAUUAGCAACAACAAUAGAGCAGAAACUGUUAUGCAAGCAUUUAAUGAAGCUGUUCAAAAUUAUGGAUUGCCAUGGAGAGUUAGAUCGGAUAAAGGGGGCGAGAACGUUCGUGUUGCAGAAUAUAUGAUAAAUUCCAGAGGUUUUUGAAGAGGCAGCCAUAUUACUGGAAGAAGUGUCCAUAAUCAGAGAAUAGAGAGAUUUUGGAGAGAUUUGUGGAUGGGAUGCAUCAGUUUUUUCUACUACCUUUUUUGCUACAUGGAAGCAGAAAACAUAUUUAUACCAACUGAUGAAAUACAUAUUCAAGCCCUACACUAUAUCUUCAUACCAAGGAUUCAAAAACACUUGAACGAAUUUAGAGAGGCCUUUAUCAGGCGAUCUAUUAGGACAGCUAAUCAGAAAACGCCGUUACAGUUAUGGAUAGAUGGUCAAAUCCUGGAUCCAAAUGAAAAUCUUGCUUCUGAGGCAGACUUUCAAAGUUACGGAACAAUACAAAAUGGUUUGAUGGCAUAUGAUGAUGAACCAGAAAGAGUUGUUAUUGGUCAUUUUCCUAUAUCUUUAACUGAUCAAAAGAUGGAAGAAUUGAUGUGCCAAAUAAAUCCUUUAUUCGAUUCAGAAAAUCAGGGAAUGGACUUGUUUCUUGCAACCGUAAAUUUCAUUUCUAAUUAUCAUGAAAUGAAUUAGGAAAUCAACACUGCUUUUUUUCAAUUAAUAGGUUUUUAUUGGGUAUUUCACCAACAGAGGCCCAGUUCAUGCUACAUACAUUUUCAAUUCAAACCAAAACCAUAAGCACAUACAAUUAUGUUAAUAAAAGCAUUUUCUAGGAAA